UCAGCAGCCCUCCCGUUUGACCGCCGCAGCGCAUUCCUUCCAGUCGCCGAAGUUGUUGUCGUUGCCGCCGCAUCCACCAUAAUCGAAGGUCCUGCACUCGUCGUCGGCGAAGCCCCAGCGCUCGUACCCGACAUCACACUGGGUCAGCGACUCGCCGACGGGCUGCUCGCAGAGGGGCACCUCCUCCCGGCAGCUCACACAGCACGUCUCCUUGGGCGACUUGCGCUUCUUGAAGGGGCACUGCGGCUCAGGCGAUGCACACGACUGCUCCGCAGACCAACAGGGCGUGUCUGCAUGUAGAGGACAAGUGGUCAGACAGAGAGCGCAGGGCAUGCUCGAGCUCUCGAAUGGUCUCCCCCUUGCAUGUACCAGGGCACUUUUGGGAGCCGGAUACGAAGGGGAAGCCGCGGAGGCGGUAUGGCUCAGCCUCGGUCUGAUGACCACACACAGCGCAAGCCAGUGCCACGACAUGCAGUGCGCAGACAUCGACGUGCCACCGAUUGACCUUGAGCAUGCAUUGCUGCCCGGUCCAUGUGAAGUGGCGGCAUUCGCUGUUGACCUCACACGCCUUCAUGCACCCAACCGCCGUCCUCUCACCUGCAGCCAUGUAAUGAUAUACGCAAAGAUUGUACGGAAGCGCCUUUGCUGAGGGCGUACCCUGGGGCAUGUCGUCUUUCUCAAUAAUUGCGAUGCUCGGAGCGGCGAUCUCCUGGCCGGCCUUGAAGCAGCUCUUGUCACAAAGUACGGACGAGGCGCCCUCCUCAAGGAAAGUCUCGGUCGCGACGUCAUACCACGCGAUGGGGGAAGGCCCCUUGUAGCUCUUGAGGAAGCCCUUGAGAAGGGGGUGUCCGCUCGACUUGAUGUCGUCGGUGAUGACCCAGGCGUCUUCCCUGGUGGAGAAGUACAGAUAUCGCUCCUCGUUUGCGGCCGUUUGCCGCUGGAAGAUGGCCCCUCCGAAUGUCUGAUGCAGGUCAGCCCGCGUGUCCUUGGCGAUGGUUGUCGCAUCGUCAAUGUCCGUAAGGAAGAGGCCGGACCACGACCACUCACCUGCGUCAGACAAGAGCGACCAAUCGCAGACUGUGCCCCUCAUGGUAAGUCGGUGUGUCCCCUUACCAUUAAGGUUGGUCGUCGAGUCUCCCGUGAAGUUGCGGACGAACAUCGAACCGCAAAGGUUCGGCUGCUGCAGCAUCGUGCUGCAGAGAGCACACGGCAGCUUCGCGUCGCACUCCGCGCUUGUCCAAUUGCCGCUGGGCCGAGCCUGAACACGCAACGGCGAGAGGGACGUCUCUCUCUUGGCGUGUGUACUUGGCUAUUUGCUCAGCGUACCGUGGCACACUGCUUGCGCGACUCCAGGAAGCUGUCAAUGGCCUUGAGGGGCCAGAAGGGCAAUGCGUCCCGCAGCUUCUUCCUGUCCUCUUCGAAUCGAUCAUAAGAGAACGCAGUCGAGUCAACCCACCGCCAGUCGACGACCUCCGGCAUAUGGUGAGCUGCCAGAGGGGAUCGUGAGGGCUGGCGAAGGCCGAGCCAGCAUGACUCUGUCUUGGCCUUGUCUCCGGUCAGCCAUGAAAGCGGCCCGCCAUUCGGCAGCAGAUCCUUGAAUGCGUCGAUGAUUGACGCGAGGCCACCCUGGGGGAAUGCCUUCAAGGCUUGCUCAAUCGCGCCCUCGAACUCAGGCGCAUAGACGGCCUCCUCCUUCUUGGACUGCUGGUACCGAUCUGCAGCCAGCUGCGUCAAGAAGAGGAGCGCUGCCGCCUGACGGCCACACAGACGACACACCAGAGGCGUAUACACAUACAUAUGCGUGGCCCGUGGUUCUUACGUGUUCGGUUGGGUUGUCGAUUGAUGCCAGCGUCGUGAUGAGGCCGAUGGGCGAGAGCCGCUCACACAUGUCUUCGCUGUCGUCGAAACCAGCAUAGCGGCGCAGACUGUCCUUUCCAAGACGUCGCAGUUGCGACUCGGCGUUGGCGGCGUCACGCUGUGCAAGCCAGUCGGGAGACGGAUACUCGGGCUUGGCGAGGGCGUGCAGCUCGAGCUCUUCUGACAGAGAGUGGAAAGCCAUGGGCGAAAUGCACUGCAGCAGCAACAGCAAAGACACAUUGGCUGUGGGGUCGUCUCUGCACGAGCUGUCAUCUACCUUUGUGUUGAGCUCAUUGGGGAUGCCUCCCGUGACGGGAACCGAGGUGCUUUUGCCUUUGUCGGGCGACAACAUCAGGAGGGUGUCGAGGGGCGACUUGACGCACCCGGAGACGGCAAAUUGAUACACCUCAGCCUACACGUCAAUCAACACAUGCUCACGGAUGGCAGUGUGCAGCACGACAUUAGAGGUAGAGGCAUUGGUACCUCGUUCUUGCCAUGCUCUGCAGGUGAUGGCUUCACCAGCCCAAGGUUGUCAUUGGGAUCGUCGAUGGGCCCGGGGGCCAGCUGCCCGUUGUCCACCACGGCCCCUUUGUUCAGCAACACCGUGUAGACCCGACCAUUCAGUAGAGCGAGGCCAGACAUGGAGACCUCGCACUUGUCCACGAACAGGGUCGAUGAUGCCAUGUCGAUGGUGAUGUGCCCCUCGUCGGUGAGGCCGUCAAGCACGGCGUCUGUGAGAAGCUGCAGCGCCCCUUCGCCCCUUGUGAUGACCUCAUCGAAGAAAAGAGAUACUUUGCCAUCAGGAUCCACACGAAUGGCGCUCUGGAUGGGCGAGAAGUGUCCAAUCCUUCAGUAUGCACAUCAGCCACACAUGCAUGUACACAAGACACAUAAGAUGCGGAGUGCCUCACGAAUUGCCUCCCUGUAUGAAUGAUCUCUUACUUCGGCGGCUCGAGGUCCACGACAACGAACGAGUACUUCUCUGGUGGGCCCGGUGGGAUGCCGACGAAGGGGUUGUAGAUGGGCAAGCCACCAGCAUCAAGCGGAGGGGGGGCCAGCUGCCCGUUGUCCUGGACCACGCCCGCGUCCACAGUGACGUGGUAGCGCAUGCCAUCGUUGUCGAAGAGGACACUUGGGUCAAUUACGAGGGUGCAGGCUGCCGCGGUGAGCUCACUGCUUGUCGCGUCAAUGAUGAUGGCUGGAUUGAUCGGAGGCAGGACCUCACAGGAGUCCUCGCGCAGCCACUCUGAAGCGAUGACGUGGAGCCAGAGACAUGCUAUUGCUUCCUUUUGUCCUGCGCGUCCUUGCCUGGUGUGAGGAUGAUCUUCCCCGCGGGCCCCAGCCGAACGAUCUCGUCGAACACCAAGUGCACGUCAGCAUCUAGCGCAACACGCAACUCAUCUUGAGACGGAACGAAGAGCUCCGGCCUCGCCCUACAGUACGGCAGUAAAUGAGGGGUAAGUAUGCAGCGAACACGUGUUGCUUGCACAAAGCGUGUGCCGUGAGAUGCCCCUGUGAGUCUCCACUCACUUUGGUUUCACGACAUCGACGACCACAAACGAGUAUGACUCGGGCGGGCCAGGUGGGAUGCCGGGAAAGUCAUUCUAGAUGGUGUUGCCGUCGCCAUCCAGAGCAGGAGGGGCAUCUUGUCCGUUGUCCUCAAUCACGCUCGCGUCCACAGUGACGUGGUAGCGGAUGCCGUCGUCGUCGAAGAGGACACUUGGGUCGAUUGUGAGAGUGCACGCCGAGAUGCUGAGCUCACUGCUUGUCGCGUCGAUAACAAUAGGGGCGUCAAUCACGGGCAUAACCUCACAGGCGUCCUCGCGAACCCAUUCUGCAAGAGACGCAGGGAAAAAGGUCGUGGAUGUCGCCAAGAGAUGGUGUGUCACAUCGUUUCAUUGUCCUUUGCUGUGUCAUCCAAGCUUGCCUGGUGUGAGGGUGACCUUCCCCGCGAGCCCGAUUCGAAUGACCUCAUCGAACACCAAUUGCACGUUGGAAUCGAGCGGCACGCUCAGCUGAUCUUGGGCGGGCACGAAAUCCUCCACAACGGCCUUGGGAGCCACCGUGUCUGUGACAGGACACAGAGAGGCAGUCCGGAUGAGUUCAAUGUGCAAUGAGUUGAAUGUGGGCAAGAGUCAAUAAUCACUCACCCGCCAGGAUGAUCGUGUUUUGAAACGUGUCCGUCGAGGGGUUGCCCGCCGUAUCGCUCACGAAUGACCCACUGAGGUGCAGCGAAUACGAAUAACCGUCCUCCUGGGGAUACUGCAGGAAGGAAACACAGCCAGUCAGUGCCAACUACGUGUCUAUUCUGUCGUCGCUGCAAGCAGAUAUUUACGCUGGGCCAGAAUGUGCUCAAGUCGGCUCCUCUGAGCUGAACAGUGCAGGCAUCGUGCUUGGUGAACAAGAUGGGCUCAAGUGACACGGUUUGCUCGGCCUGAUCAGCGCCCUCCGGCUGUUGGAACAGUCGAUCAAUCGACAUACACACGUGUGUGGGUGGUCGACGACAGCAGGCGCACGAUCACUCACCUUGAUUUCGCACGUGUUCUCUCUGAUCCACAUUCCAAAGAUCCUGUAUGGACAGCAUCACCCCACAACACAGUGCGCUGGCGUCUUGCGGUAUUCGCAUCGAGACAGACAGCUUGAUGCGGAUCUCUCCCUUCCUCCGUCCUUACCGUUGCGAGUGGCUGCCCGUCGUCCCCCAGAGUCGACUGGCUGACGUCCACCGGCUCGUUGUACUUAACCUACCACAAGUACACAGUACAGGUGCGUGUUCCACACGCAUGUACAGUGUACAGUGUACAGUGUAUACCUGCCACACGACGUCGGUGCCGAUGAGGCGAUCCGCGAAGGGAGGAGGAGAAUAGCUGGUCACAACGGGCGGGGUCUCGUCCUCUGUGUGAAACCACCACUCAUCCGUGAGGUCAGUGAACAAGCCUCCCUUUCCGGGGGUUGUGAAGGUGUUGGUGGAUCGGUCCAUGAUUGCUCCGUGUGGCGGGGACUGAGCAAAGCCGAUAUCCCAUCUGAACCGGUCUCCCUCCAGACGAUCGAUAGGAAGCCCCAGAACAAUCCAGUCGUCCUUUGACACGGCGAUUGCUUCCAGACGCACUUCGAAUUCUUGGGGGCUCCUGGGCUCCUGCAAGGCGGAAGUCAUGAAUAUGCACUAAGCCAUAGGCAGCUGACCAUCGCGUAUGUGCCUACCUCGCAAGGAGACGCCGGGGUGAAUGUGGGAGUGAACUUCACGGUCUUGCCCUUGCCGAUCUGCACCGGCUCGUUGAAUUGGAACACCACGACGCAGCCGCGGCCCCCGAGCUUCCCCGGGUCGGAAAAGUCUGGCAGAGGCUCACCGGCAAUGAGCGCGGCGACGUCGUUGGCCGUGAGCAAGGCGAGGUCCUCUGUGGUGAGGUCGGGAUUGCAGGAGCUCAAUGUCACAGUCUCGUCCUUCUCUGGAUGGACAGGUCCCAGCACUGGUGGAUCCGUGUCUGCCACGUCUGCAGCUUCAGGCGGUUGCAACGAACACUCCUCAUCUGAUCAUAAACACACACACACACACACACACACAGAGAGAGAGAGAGAGAGAAAGAGAGAGAGAGAGAGAGAGAAAGAGAGAGAGAGAGAGACACAAAGAGAGAGAGAGGCAUAGAGAGAUAAAAGGUCACCCCACACGCAUAUUCCUGUUCUUCGGUCUGACUUGGGGGGUGUGGACGAUCUCCGCUGGAAGGAAUGUCGAAACGUAGAUAAACGACCUGUCCGUUUGGCAGAGGAAUCGUCGGUGAGAAUGGCCCGACGGUAAGCGUCGGCAGAUCGUCGAGUUCGAUCUUUCCGGAGGGAAUCAGGUCGCAAGGAUCACGACCCCAGAUCUCGAUGUCCACCCAUCUCCUGCAAGCCACGUGCCACGAUUGAACGCGCAUAAUCACGAGUGCCGAACCUUUGGUCCUUACUUGCACAGAAACUCUCUGGGGUUGGCCACAUUAGCCUGAAACGGUUAUAAUGAACGGGGACCAAGUGAGAUCACGAAAAUGCGAGAAGUGGGCCUCUUACGCAGAAUCCGUCAAGGAUGUCGUCGGGGUCUAUUUUGUGGUCUUCUUUUUUGAUUUCGGGAAGUUUGACGUCGAUGGCUACUUGACUGCUGAAGGACGCUGCGCCGACCACCUGCGGUCCAAUCACAACCAUUCCAGCAGCCAGCCAUACAGGGGUUGCUAUAUGCAUCGUUGCUUUGGUGGGUGUGGGAGGGUGUGCUAUACCACAUCAACUUCCAGGAUGUUUAGGUCGCUAAUGAAUGAAGAAAUGUCAAGCUGCAGAGGGAUACAGCAGCACACACACACACACACACACACUGGUUCGUCCAUAGAGGAAGCAUUGUCAUCACUCUUACUGCUCUCUGAAUUGCGUCUUUAAUGCUCAUUUCAAUGUCCUCUUCAAGCUUCUUAAGCUUCUCAACCGCUGUCUGGAGAUCGGCAACCGCCUUGUGGAAGUCGGUGCAUACAUCUGUCGUCGCCGGAUGAUUGCUGAUGCUCUCCAGCAAAGCGCCAAGCUCCACUUCUUGUUUGACCUCGAUUGUUGAGAUUGUCUUGAAGAGCUCAUGGACUGUGUUGAUGUGCUGGGGCAGCUCUCCGACACCUUGGGACCAGCUUUUCAGAGUUCCCGCGGCGUCCUUGAUGUUCUCGAAGGGUAUCAAGAAAAUCGCCGAAAAGCCAGCCAAUAAUUCCCUUGGGAGUCAUUGGCGGUCCGCCUUCCUGAAGCAAUGCUUCAGCUUUCUCUUCUAGCAGCUCGAUGAAUAUUUCUGUGUGAGAGGACGAGAAGGAGUGACCUGGUGGAAUUGUGGGUGAUCAAAGUGUUUGUCUUACUAAGUCUCUCGGCAGGAUUUGAGGCUGUGAUUCCAUCCAGCAUGGCAUUGCCCUCCUCAACUGCCUUGAUGAUCUUGUCUAUGGCUUCCACCACUAUCUGCAAAUGACACAAACAGCCGUCCAGUCAAGACACGUAGCGAAAGCGGAUUUUCGUGCAUACCAGAGCUUCUUUGUACAGCGACUCGCUGCCCGCGUCGAAUAGAAACAUCAGCGCCUCCUUAACAUCUUCCUUAUUCAGGAUGCUUAGGUCAUCGACAAGUGCAUUAAGAUCAGGAAUGUCGGUGGAAAUGUCCUGCUGACAAGCUUCGGCCGCUUUCAGUACAUUGGGAAGGUUCACUUCGAGCACUUUUGCGCUAUCCAGUGUCUUGGAGGGGUUCAGCACUUCGUUCAGGUAGCCUUUGGCCGCGUCAAUAAGGUUGUCGGCUGCACCAGUGAUCAGCCCUGUGUCGGGAUCGAUGAAGAAUCUCGCGAUGCUUUCACAUGAGCUUGCCCCUGAGACUCCGCAGCCUAUGAGGUGACAUCCGAGCUCCGUCCAUGUCUUAAAGCCACUACACAUACACAGAAACACACCCAAACACAUACAAACACACACACACACACACACAGAGACACAGCAGCGGCAGCAGCAGCUUACUUCUCAGGCGGCGAAUCAGGACUCCUGAUCAUGGCGAUCUCAGCCAGUUCAUAAUACAGUGACUUCUUAUUCCGUUUCCCUGGGUACAUGGCUCUGCACAGCAAACGUACAUAAACAACACUCCAUACACACGUCCACAGCCAACAGCAAUCAUCCGCUCACUCGUGAACAGAACACUUCCUGCUAUCCUGAUAAGUGACGAGGUCCUUGCAGUCCUCGAGCAGUUUGGGGACGAGGAUUUCGCCAACCCCUCCACAGAAUGCAUUGACCAUCGCAACCACCGGGCCCUCAUCUGCCACGUCUCCCGCAAUGGUCUCUGUCAUGCUCCUUAUUUGCUCGACAAAGUCGUUCCCAUCGGUGUCGAGGAGGUUGGCAGCGCACUCGCAUGCCUUCCCGAAGAAGUCAAUUGCCUCCUCGACGAGUGCAACGUCUACGCCGGGUGUUACCGCAUUCAAGGCGGCACACAAGUUCACCUGCAGGCGCACACAGCAGACAGACAUACAAGCGGCCUGACGCAGACCUGUGGACGCACUCAUACUGACCUCGCAAACGUCUCGUACUCCCAAGGUGGCCGGGUCAUCUGGGUCGCAGAUGUUCGUGAAGGUAUCUGUGACCACAAGGGCAAGCAAAAGGCGAUGAUUCAGUACCACGUCCUCGUGAUCGUGACUCACCUCCCAAUUGGUUGAAUAGCUUGCACGACUCAUCGAGGACACCCCCCUCGACUCCCAAGCACAGUGCGGGCAACACCACCAACAGCACCAAGAGUUUCAU